AGGAGGAAGUGUGACGAUGCCGCACAAUCAUCGACCUCACAAGCCACUGAAACCAACAAUGAUCAAGCAACGGCUCGCCCCCCGGGCGUGAAGGCUUCAAAGGGUCUUACUAAGCAAAAUACCAAGGCAGAGUUGAAGGCGGCGGCUGAGUUUGAUACCAUGUGGAGCAUCAAGAAGGAGGAUUUUGACAUGAAAGAGAGGAUGUCGAGGAUGAUGCUACUGGAAAGUCUUAUUGCAAAGCAAGAACCGCUUGCUGACUAUGAAGAAGCGUUGAAGAAAAAGCUGAUUUCCGAAUUGAUGUCUUAAGAUUGGCUGCUCAAGUUCGUUUAAGUUAGUUUAAGUUGUGUCAAAGUAGUCUCAAGUUAGUUUAAGUAGGUCAAGUCUCUGUUUGAAAUUGUUGUCUGAACUCUUUGUUUCGUGUUCUACUUAUGGAUGAUAUAAAUGUGUUGUCUCUGUUUCAAUUUGUUGUCUCAACUCUCUGUUUUCUUGUUCUACUUACUGAUCCCUUCACGGUGUCUUUGCAGACUUCUUCAACUGGUGAUAAUCAGGUUCGAGUUUAUGUUUUAUAUAUGUUUUAUUAUGUUAUAUGUGUUACCGGUUUCGUAGUAAUGCAUGUCACUUGUCUUUAUUUGCAGGUUGAAAUAAGUUUUGGUGUCACUUGUGUCACGGACGAGCUAUGGCAUGUCACUUGUGUCACGGACCGCAGUCUGUAGCGUCUUGUCUGUUUGUGUCACGGAUUGUGUGAAGCGUCUUGUUGGAGUCUUGUCUGUUUGUGUCACGGCUUGUGGGACAGUUUGUAUAGGUUUUGGUCACGAGAUUGUAUUGGUUUUGUCUGGAGAUAAUAUAGGUUUUCUAUAUAUAUGUUGUAUUGCUCAGAACUUGUAUUCACAAUCUCAUAUUCUCUCAUUACCAACUCAAGAUAGCACAAACAAUCGCAUCUUCUCUCAUUACUCUCUUCUCUCGUCUCAUCUCUAACAAAUGGCACAAACAACAACACCAUCUCCUUUGUCUAGUCCCAAACACAAACACCAUCUCCUUUGUCUAGUCCCAAACACCAACACCAUCUCCUUUUUUUCCACACCAUCUCCUUUUUUUCCACAUAUAUGGCAUCUUCUUCUCAUAACAAUUUUGAGAGAGUAGAUGAUGAAAGUUUUGAUCAAUAUUUUGAUCAAUAUUUGGAUCAAUAUUUGGAUCAAAAAUUUGAUCAAGCUUUCGAGAAUUUUACCAUUGCUUCUGGUGCUCAAGAAGAAAGGAAAAAACGAGUUUAUAUCGAAAGAAAUCGAGAAGAAGGCGAUGUACGUUUAUGGAACGAUUAUUUCAGUGAAACUCUAACUUAUCCUGAUAAUCUCUUCCGAAUACGAUUUAGAAUGAACAAGCCAUUGUUCUUGCGUAUUGUUCAUCAACUCUCCAAUGAAGUUGAUUUUUUUCCGCCAAAAGAAAGAUUGUCUCGGAAGGCUCAGUCUCUCUCCACUUCAAAAGUGCACAGCAGCCAUUCGUCUCUUGGCAUAUGGUGGUGCGGCUGAUACUAUUGACGAAUAUCUCCGACUCGAUGCAACAACUACACGGUCAUGUUUGGAACAUUUCGUGGAAAGAAUAAUAAAUUUAUUCGGCGAGGAGUACCUAAGAAGAGCAACACCGGCUGAUCUUCAACGUCUACUUGAUAUUGGUGAACAUCGUGGAUUUCCCGGGAUGAUAUGAAGCAUCGACUGCAUGCAUUGGGAGUGGAAGAAUUGUCCCACCGCUUGGAAAGGUCAAUAUUCACGUGGCUCGGGAAAACCCACAAUCGUUUUAGAGGCGGUUGCUUCGUAUGAUCUAUGGAUAUAACAUGCAUUUUUUGGACCUCCAGGUACCUUAAAUGAUAUUAAUGUUCUUGAUCGCUCUCCUGUUUUUGAUGAUAUAAUAAAAGGUCAAGCUCCGUAAGUCACUUUCUCUGUCAAUGGAAGAGAGUAUCAUUUGGCUUACUAUCUCACCGACGGCAUAUACCCGAAAUGGGCAACUUUUAUCCAAUCUAUUCCACUACCACAAGGGCUGAAAGCGGUUUUAUUUGCGCAACAUCAAGAAGCUGUCCGAAAAGAUGUCGAGCGUGCUUUUGGAGUCUUGCAAGCUCGCUUUGCCAUCGUUAAAAAUACAGCACUUUUUGGGAUAAAAUGAAAAUUGGGAAGAUUAUGAGAGCAUGUAUCAUACUCCAUAACAUGAUAGUAGAAGACGAACGAGAUGGAUACACUCAAUAUGAUGUUUCAGAGUUCCAACAAGGAGAAGACACCGGAGGUUCACAAGUGGAUCUCACGUAUUCUACAGAUAUCCCAACAAAUAUCGCCAAAAUGAUGAGUGUUCGAACUAGAAUUCGUGAUAGGCAAAUGCAUCAACAACUGAAAGGUGAUUUGGUUGAACAUCUAUGGCGUAAAUUCGGACAUUAUCAAGACAACAACUGAAAUCGAAUGCUUUUUUCAAAAUAUUCUCGUUUAUUUCACUAAUCUUGGUUGUAAUGUUUUUUUUUAUUCUAUGUUUAAAAUAUUUUCUAUUUAAUAAAUAAAUUUUAUCUUUAAAAAAUUUGAAUUAAAUAAAUAUUUAAUUUUUUAAGAGUCCUAAAUUAAGAACCUUCCAUUGAAACUUUAAAAAUAGGUAUUUCUUAAUUACAAGCUCUUAACCAUCAUUAAUUACUAAAAAAAAUUAAACACCUCAUUUGGGGUGCGAAGAGCAUGAUUAACUCCACCUCUUAAGUGGGUUCUUAAGAGGUGGGUCCUACAAUUUUCUCUAAAACCACCUCUUCCUUCUCUUCUCCAAGAGGCAAGUUUGGUGGGUUUUUGUACUGUUCGCGGGCUCCACUGACACAUGGCGCCCCGCGAUUGGUUUGUUUUUAAUUUUUUUUAAAAAAAAAAAAAAAAAAAAUAAGAACCCAAAUGGGGUUUUAAGGGUUAAUGGUGCUCUAAGGUUAAUCAUGCUCUAAGAUCAACCUCGCGUGGUAAAUGCACAGUUUGAUAAUGAUUUAGCGAAAUUGUAGAAAAUGAUAAAAUGUUAACAGAUUAAGAUUUUACAUUAAUUUUUUAGUUAACGAUAUGAGUGUGACUUUUGCAAUAAUUUACACGCACAAGAAAGUUUUAACUAUAUUCCGUAGUUAAACGACCAAAUUUCUUAGCAAAAGUUCUAACCUUUAAGCCAUAUUUAAACCAAAAGAAAAGCUUUCAGUCAUCUCAAGAGGAAGAAAAAUCAGAAGAGAGAAAACGAAAAAAAUUCCAAAAAUGACUAAAGACCAAGACCAUUAGGGGCGGGAACUUUAUCCUCAGUCUCUCUACAAACAUUGUUCCUCGACUUUAACAAGGAACAAACUCCGGUAGAUCAAAAUUUUCUUUAGAGUAAAGAAACAUGAGCUACGGGAAUACAAAAUGCUCUAUCUUAUUGAUGCUCUUGAAGGUGCUGCUUUUGCUGAUCCUUUAUUGUGAAGAUGUUGCUGCUUCAAGCUCUUGUCAAAGUCAGUGCGGAGGUGUCAAGAUACCAUACCCUUUUGGAAUCGGAAAGGGUUGCUACCUGGAGAAGUCUUACGAGAUCAAAUGUCUUAGUUCCACUACUUCAGGAAAGCUUGCUCCUUUCCUCUCUAUAAAGGACAACAGAGAAGUUGUGGAUAUCUCUUUUCGGCCGUCCGUUGUAGAACAAUAUGUAGCAGAAGAUCAACUAGCCGAACUUUAUGCUCUAUCGUUUGGGUUAGUUCGUGUUAAAAUACCGAUAACAUCCUCCGGCUGCGGUGGAAAAGAGCGCCCAGAAUCAUUUAUGAAUCUCACUGGUACCCCUUUUUUCAUUGCCUCCGAAAACAGCCUCGUAGCUGUUGGUAGCAAUGCCAAAGUGUCGUUGACUCAUGUAGAGCCAAACAUAGUGGGAUGCGAGCUGACUAGCAAUACAAGCAAAUACCAGUCUAGCAAUAGUGUUCCUUUUCUCAAAAACACGCAGUGCUUGACAAGUAAGAGCUAUUUAUACGGGGAAUGUGCAAUAUACAAAGAUGAUGUAAAGGAAUGCAAUGGUAACGGAUGUUGCAAGGUUGGACUAAGAGACCAUCAGCAAGCUAUUGGUAUCAGGAUCGAGAGCAACAAUUCAACAACAACAAGAGAAGAAAAAUGUAGAGUCGCCUUCUUGACAGUUGAAUCGUACACUUCCUCAAAUGCGACAAACCCACAAGAGUUAUUUGAUAAGGGAUAUGCUACGCUUAGUCUAGGGUGGGUAAUCCAGACGAAGAAUCACUCUUUCGUGAGCUCCUUGUCCUGUGACGACAGAGACAUCUACGAAAAUACUACUGUUGCGGUUGGAUCCCAAAGGAAGUGUAUCUGCGUUAAAAGCACCAAUGCUAAGAUUAGCUAUGCACAUUGUUCCUGCAAAAGAGGUUACACAGGGAACGCAUAUGACCCUCACGGAUGCCAAGACGUUAAUGAAUGCAAAACCGAACAUAUCUCAUGUGGAGGAAUGAACACUUGUGUGAAUACUCAAGGAGGCCAUCACUGUGCGGGUGAUAAGAAAAAAGCAAUACUCAUUGGGGUGAGUUCAGGUUUUGGUGCUUUAACCCUAGUUAGUGGAGUAUGGUGGUUGAGAAAGUUUCUAAUAAAGAGAAGGAAGGAAAAGAGGAAGAAGAAGUUCUUUAAACGUAAUGGGGGACUACUCUUGCAACAAGAACUAAAUACAAGCCAAGGCAAUGUCGAAAAGACAAAAAUCUUCAGCUCUAGAGAGUUGGAGAAAGCCACUGAAAACUUCAGCCAAAGCAGAGUUCUUGGACAGGGAGGCCAAGGCACUGUGUACAAAGGUAUGCUGGUAGAUGGUAGAACCGUGGCAGUCAAGAAAUCCAAAGUCAUGGAUGAAGACCAACUCCAAGAUUUCAUCAACGAGGUGGUGAUUCUCUCACAGAUCAACCACAGACACAUAGUGAAACUCUUGGGAUGUUGUCUUGAGACAGAAGUUCCUAUUUUGGUUUACGAGUUUAUCAUCAACGGAAACCUUUUCCAGCAUAUCCAUGAAUUAGAGUCUAAUGAUUACACUAUGAUAUGGGGAAUACGUCUACGCAUUGCUGUGGACGUUGCAGGAGCUCUCUCUUAUCUUCAUUCUUCUGCAAGCUCUCCAAUCUAUCACAGAGAUAUCAAGUCGACCAACAUAUUACUAGACGAGAAGCACCGAGCCAAGGUGGCUGAUUUCGGAACAUCUAGGUCAAUAACCAUAGAUCAAACUCAUUGGACAACAGUUGUUUCAGGAACCGUCGGUUAUGUGGAUCCAGAGUAUUACCAGUCUAGCCAGUUUACAGAUAAGAGUGAUGUUUACAGCUUUGGAGUCGUCCUAGCGGAACUUAUUACUGGAGAUAAGCCUGUUGUAACAAUACAAAACACUCGAGAAACAAUAAGCUUGGCAGAGCAUUUCAGACACGCCGUUAAAGAGAAGAGGUUUUCUGAUAUCACGGAUGCUCGAAUAAAAGAUGAUUGCAAACCGGAACAAGUAAUGGCAGUGGCAAAUCUAGCUGUGAAGUGCUUGAGCUCGAAAGGAAAUAAACGUCCAAAUAUGAGAGAAGUUUUUACCGAGCUAGAGAGAAUUUCCGCAUCUCUAGAGGAUUCACAUGUGCAGGUUAUGAUUGAUGAAGCUGAAGAAGACGAGGAAGAAGAGGUUAGGAUUAUGAUAAACAGAGGCGAUUCUUUGAGCGUUGGUCUGACUGCUCCAGCCUUCAGUAUUGUGGCUUCGCCUUCUUCUUCAGAUGCUGAAUCAUUGUUUCCUCGUCCCACAUGGUGAGUCUAUCAGAUUUUACAACGUUUGGUAAUAAAUUUGCAAGUGAGUUUCCGUUCAGGAUUUAAAUGAUUUGGUUUUGUAUUAAUGUGUGUGUUUGAAACUACAUGUUCUUGUAUUUAUGUUUGUGUUUGAGACAAUGUACUUGUAUAUGUUGACAUUUGUUUUUUAUAUAUUCAGGUUCUUGAUAAAAAUAAUUAAGUGGUCUUUAAGUCUUUAGUUCUCUUUACCUUUACAGAUUAUCAGCUACAGUUCCUAGUUUUAGUUUACUUUCUCUUCAAACUUGAAUUUUUAUGAUAACGGUGUUAAGUGUUUUUGCAAGUUCCAUAAGAUUUACUGUAUUUAAAAUGUAUUACAUAAGUACAUGACGUCUGCAGAGUCGAGUUCCUCAGUUCAUCUCUUCUCUUCUCAUUCUAUUUCUCCAUCUUGUUCCCUCUCCGCUUCUAUGCUUAUUUCUCAGCCGCAACUCUAGUGGUCACCAACACCUCCUCAACGGUUACAACUAAGAGCAGAAUCUUGUGAGAGGUUCUGCUUUAAUAGUACAGAUACUAUGAGCUGCAGUUUCUAAAUUUUGUAUAUCAACUUUAAAUUUUAAAUUUUAGGGAAAUUAGUCUGUAUAACGUCAAAAUAAACCAUAAUUCACUAGAUAGCCAAAAGCCCUAGUUUUUCAAUACACCCAUUGUCUUUUAUGUAUUAAUUCAAUUUUGCCCUUCACGCCAACCGGCGAAACCUGCAGAAAAAAAAAUUCAUAAUUAUCAACUGUCAUAAUUAUUCGUGGCUAAAUUAGAAUCACACCAUCUUUUCUUUUACUUUCAUGUGGUAACUCUUGGGAAACUGAAAGGACUCCAUCGCCGGUUUGCUCACUCUCUUCGAACCCAUCGCUUUCAUCUAUACCGUUGCCACCGUUGGACUUCUCUGCUUUUGAAGUCCAGUAAAAAGGGAACAGCCGAACCGACUCAGAAAUCGAUUGCGAACAAGCGUUGUUACAGUCCAAGCGGCGACAAGGAGCACAUGAGCAUCUUCUCUUUUACAGAGGUGAAUUGACUGAGAGCGGUGUCAACACUGUAAGUUUUCGGUUUUGUGUCUUCCGUUCUAUGCUUGCUCUGCUUGUUUCCCUUAUUUGGGAUAUCGUAGUUCUAUCUGCUUCUAACUUGUUAAAUCCAACUCAUCGGUUCAGUUGCAUGUUGGAUCUGGUAACCAUAGUUCCCCGAAUUAAUUGAGGGUUUUACUUCCCUGUUUUGUUGGAAUCAUAUGUUUACUGCAAAUUUUGGGGUAAAUUUUUGUUUGUAAUCGAAAGGAACAAAUGAGGGUAGAACUAUAUUUGUGCUAUUAUGCUAUGUUACAUGGAAUAACGUAAUAACUAUGUGUGAAAUGGAAUAUCUUAUCUUAUAGUUGUGUAACUGUACCAUUCCGUGUAGUAUGUGGGAAUGAAGUUCCAUAUUACCAUAUGUUGCAUUUCCAUUCCAUUUCAUUUGAGUUGAAUUUCCAUUCCAUUUCAUUCAAUUCCAUACUAUUUUGGACGGACAAUGUUGUGUUCCAUAGAACUUAUUAUCUUCGGCUCUGUUUCACUAUUACUUUGUUCAUCGCAUAUUCUUUUUUUUUAAUCAUACAUCACUGAUCUGCAAUUUUACAUUUUCCUUCUCUUUCCCAGAUUUGUCAUGGAUGACUUGGACCUUCUUAGAGGUGGGAUGGUGUUGUGUCCUAAAUAACUUUUGUAAUAUGAAAUAGAAUAUGUCGGCUAUUCCAAAUAGAAUGGAUGUCUUCGUUUUUUUAUACUACACAGAUGAAAUAUGAAAAAAUUAUAAAGUAACUAAAAUAUGUGGUAUGUGUACUUGUACGUCUUCAUAAGUUUAUUUGUAAAUGUCACCCUUAACAAUUACUGAUAUAUAUUGUAUUGUUUACACUUGAAAGUAUAUUAUUACAAUUACGGAUCUAUAUUGUAUAUUUUAACGGUAUAUAAAUUUAUGUACUAUUUCCAGAGUUGCAUAUUUAGGUGUACGGUUUUAAAAUGUGUGUAUGGUUUACAAAUCAGAGGUUAGGGUUUAGUAUUCCCAAUUAUGUUGUAUACUAUUUAUUUUGUUGCAUUCUAUUUGGGUUUAGUGUUUACAUUUAAGUGUACAGGUUAUAAUUGGGUUUAAUGUGUAGUGUACAGGUUAUAAUUGGGUUUAAUGUGUAGUUAUCAGGGCUUAGUGUACAGGUUAUAAUUGGGUUUAAAGUUUAGUUAUCAGGGCUUAGGAUGUUGUGAUAAGGGUUUAGGGUUUAGUAUUUUUGGGUUGGGGGUGGUGUGAAAUUUUGGUUUGUUUCUUAGGGGUUGAGAUGAGGUUGGUGUCCUAAACAAUUUUUGUAAUAUGAAAUAGAAUAUGUCUGCUAUUCUGUAUAAAAUGGUUUUAUUUAUUUUUAUACUAUACAGAUGGACUGGAAUAUUGCUUUUUCAGUUUAGUUUACGUUGGUUUCGGGUUCAAGCUGGGUAAGCAAUACAUACUUCGAUGUCAGCAUAGAAGUUCAAUAAUGUUACCAUUAGUUUCCAUCUUAUUAAACAGUUCUUAUGCUAUCAUACAGUAUGAAUUCUAUACGAUGUGGGUAUAUCGAAUGGAACCACACUAACAUAAAUUUUGUAACAUAUGUUAUAUGUUCACAUAUAUGGACACUACAAUGACUUUAACCUGACGACAAUUAUUUACUGGGUUCACUGUAAACUGAAAAAACAUUUCCCCUCUUUUCUUGUUAAUUUUUUUUGUGUUUCGAUAUGCGGUUCUCAUCACGACCCAGGACGUCACAUACUAUCACUUGUAACUGGUUACCUGUUAAGGUAAGGGGCAAAACCGAAUAGUUUGUGUAUGAAAUGUCUGACACUCUAAAUAACGUAAAAAUCAAAGUUACUUAGUUAAUUUACCCAAAGCCAGAAAAUCUGCUAAUGCAAUCCGCAGAAUUACAUAGAGAUUUCUUCUCUUAUGAGAUUGAGCGAGGAAAUGUCAAAGCCAAGGCUAACUCUCUUUCCUGCGCUAGUGAAUCAUAUGUCUCGAUUUAUAGCUAGUACGCAAAUUAACCCUAAAUUUUAAACCAUCCGCUCAAUGUUUUUUUUUGUAUUUUGCUAGUUCAUUGUAUGAACAUGACUUUUUACAUGUGACUUGUGCAACAAAUAAACUGCAUGUGCAAGUGAAUGCACAUUUUUAUUAUUGGCAAAAACAAAAAGCCAAAAAAUAAAUAAAAGGAUUCAUGCGUAACUUUGCAUGCUUUUUACCUGGGGUACACUCCAUUCCCUCUCGUGGAA